AUGUCCGUGUUGGCUUUUGAUUACAGACCCAACAGCGAUUGGAGACUGAAGAAUAUGGGUCCCCCGGCCACUGGCUGCUCCUCCCAGCCUGCUGGAGACCCCGCCAUCCCAAGAACUGGGCCAUUCAGCAUUUCAGGGAAGUCUGGGCCCGAGCCCCCAGAUAACCACAGUCAGAUUUACCUUUUGGGGGACCCAGCAAGAAGAUGCAGGACAGCAGAGGACUUCUGUGAGUGUCUCUUGUCGGCCCUGCCCCUGGCGUGCCAGCUCUUGGAGACCAGGUGUGCCGUGCAUUCCUUCACCAGCGCCAGGGCGAGAGUGGACAUCAAGACCAAGGUGAGAGUGGGAAUCCAGCGAGUCCGGGAACCUCCAGUGGCCAUUCCUCCUGCAAGGCAGAUGGCUGAGCGGCGGUCACCAAACAAACAACUUGAUCCCUUGGCCCUGCUAGAAAAAAAAGAGAGGGAUGCUCUAUGCUGUGGGAACGCAGUCCACACCGUGGGCCCCUGCGUAUUUGGAAGAUAUUUAUGCAGUCCAGUCAAAAAAAAGGAAUUUUUACAGAAAGGACCAGACCUUCAAGAUUUUGUAUCUGGUGAUCUAGCAGACAAGAGCACCUGGGAUGAAUAUAAAGGAAGCGUAAAACGCCAGAAAGGAGAACGGUUAAGACUACCUCCAUGGCUAAAGACAGAGAUUCCCAUGGGGAAAAAUUACAAUAAACUGAAAAAUACAAUGCAGAAUUUAAAUCUCCAUACAGGGUGUGAGGAAGCUCGGUGUCCCAAUAUUGGAGAGUGUUGGGGAGGCAGAGAAUAUGCCACUGCCACUGCCCCAAUCAUGUUGAUGGGUGACACAUGUACAAGAGGUUGUAGGUUUUGAUCUGCUAAGACUGCAAGAAAUCCACCUCCACUGGAUGCCAAUGAGCCCUACAAUACUGCAAAGGCAGUUGCAGGGUGGGGUCUGGAUUAUGUAGUCCUGACGUCUGUGGAUCGAGAAGACAUGCCUGAUGGAGGAGCUGAACACUUUGCAAAGACUGUGCCUUACUUAAAGGAAAGGAAAGUUCGUGAUCCCCGGGCCAAUUUUGAGCAGUCUCUACGUGUACUGAAACAUGCCAAGGAAGUUCGACCUGAUGUUAUUUCUAAAACACCUAUAAUGUUGGGUUUAGGUGAGAAUGACGAGCAAGUAUAUGCAACGAUGAAAGCACUUCGUGAGGCACAUGUGGACUGUUUGACUUUAGGACAAUAUAUGCAGCCAACAAAGCGCCACCUUAAGGUUGAAGAACACAUUACUGCUGAAAAGUUCAAAUACUGGGAAAAAGCAGGAAAUGAACUUGGAUUUCAUUAUACUGCAAGUGGCCCUCUGGUGUGUUCUUCAUAUAAAGCAGGUGAAUUUUUCCUGAAAAAUCUAGUGGCUAAAAGAAAAACAAAAGCCCUUUAACACUUAACAAGACAUUCAAGAUCACAGGAAUUUUAAAACUUUGACUCCAGUUGGUAACAGAAGUGAUGGCAGAAUGCCUAGACUUCAGUGGAUAUA